UUCAAUGCGAUUAGAUGAAAAUAAAGGAAUAUUUACAAUUCCCGAAUUUGGUAAAAUACAACUUGAAGGAUUUGAUCGUUUUAUCGAGCAAGGCUUAAUAGAAGAACUCAAUAAGUUUUCAAAAAUUGAAAGCCCAAAAAAAAAAAGAAAAUUUCUCCUUUUUGGGAAUGAAUAUAAAUUAACAGAACCUUCCAUUAAAGAGAGAGAUGCUGUAUAUAUGUCUCUUACAUAUCACUGUCAAUUAUAUGUACCAGCAAGAUUGAUUAAGAAAACUAAAACUCGUGAAAAGAUAAAGAACCGGAUGAUUUUAUAUCUGGGAGAUAUUCCUUUAAUGAAUUCUAAAGGAACUUUUGUAAUAAAUGGAAAUUACAGAGUCGUGGUCAAUCAAAUAUUAAGAAGUCCCGGUAUUUAUUACACUUGGGAACGAAAACCGUCGGGAAACAUUAUCUAUAUUGGCACAAUAAUUUCAGAUUGGGGAGGAAGAUCAAGAUUAGAGAUCAAGAAAAAAACAAAAAAGAUAUGGAUUCGUGUAAGCAGAAAAAAAAAAAUUUCUGUGUUGCUUUUCUUAUUGGCUAUGGGUCUAAAUUCCAAAGAUAUUUUCAACUAUAAGAAUAUCUUAGCAUUUUUCAAGUACUCGGAGGAGUAUUAUACAUAUUUCUAUUGGUAUGGCGGGAAGGAAGAAGCCAUCUUGGAACUUUAUAAAGAGCUCUACAUAAGUGACGAGAUAGAAAAAGAAAAUUGUGAAUUUUCCGAUAUAUAUGAAAAAGUAAGAGCAUUUUUUCGAAUGAAAUGUGCAUUAGGAAAGAAUGGUCGACGAAAUCCGAAUAAAAAGCUAAGUCUUGAUAUACCCGAGAAUGAAAUUUUUUCAUUACCGCACGAUGUAUUGGCUGCUGUGAAUUACCUCAUCAAAGUGCGAUUUGGAACGGGUACACCCGAUGAUAUAGAUCACCUACAAAAUCGAUAUAUUCGUUCUGUAGCAGAUUUAUUACAAGAGCAGUUACGAUUCGCCCUAAUUGAUUUCAGAGAAGCAAUUGAAAAAACUAUAUUAUCUGCAUCAACCAAUCCUAAAAAGAGAAUAACUAAUAAAUUGGAAACGUUAAUUCCAUUAACGGAAACUUUUCAAGAUUUUUUUGGUUUACACCCUUUAUCACAAUUUUUGGAUCAAACUAAUCCAUUGGCAGAAAUAGUUCAUAGUCGAAAAGUGAGCUCUUUGGGCCCUGGAGGAUUGACAAGUCGAACGUCUACUUUUCGUACACGGGAUAUUCAUCCUAGUCAUUAUGGACGUAUUUGUCCGAUUACGACAUCUGAAGGAAUAAAUGUUGGGCUUAUUGGAUCGUUAUCUAUUUAUGCAACGCUUGGUCAUUACGGCUCUUUACAAAGUCCAUUCUAUAGGCUAUCUGAGAGAUCGAACGAAGAACAAAUGGUUUAUCUAUUACCGGGAGAAGAUGAAUACUACCGGAUAGCUACAGGAAAUUCUCUGGCAUUAAAUCAAGGGGUUCCAGAGGAACAAUUUACUCCAGCUCGAUUUCAACAAGAAUUUUUAUUUUUUGCAUGGGACCAAAUUCAUUUCAGAAGUAUUUUUCCUUCCCAAUAUUUUUCCGUUGGAGUUUGCCUUAUUCCUUUUAUCGAGCAUAAUGAUGCGAAUCGUGCUUUAAUGGGUUCUAAUAUGCAGCGUCAAGCAGUUCCACUUGUUCAACCUGAGAAGUGUAUUGUCGGAACUGGAUUGGAGGGUCAAGCAGCUCUAGAUUCAGGAAGUGUAGCUAUAGCUAAGCAAGGGGGAAAAAUAAAGUAUAUUGAUGGUGAAAAUAUCACCAUAACUUCAUCUGUUGCUCGAAACAAUAUAGAAACAGAAUUGAUUCUAUAUCAACAUUCUAAUAGCGAUACUUGUAUGCAUCAAAAACCCCGAGUUCGCCAAGGGGAGUAUGUAAAGAGGGGACAAAUUAUAGCAGACAGUGCAGCUACAGCAGGGGGAGAACUUUCUUUGGGAAAAAACAUCUUAGUGGCCUAUAUGCCAUGGGAAGGAUACAAUUUUGAAGAUGCAAUACUUAUUAGUGAACGUCUGGUAUAUCAAGACAUUUUUACUUCUUUCCAGAUCGUAAGAUACGAAAUUGGAGUUUAUUUUACGAACCAGGGCCCUGAAGUAAUAACUAGAGAAAUACCUCAUUUAGAUGCUUACUUACUUCGUCAUCUGGACGAAAACGGCCUUGUAAUGAUAGGAUCUUGGAUAGAAACAGGUGAUGUAUUAGUAGGUAAAUUGAUACUGGAAGCAGAAGAAGACUCACUAUUAAAUACUCCAGAAGGAAAAUUAUUACAAGCUUUAUUUGAUAUUAAGGCACCUACUGGAAAAGAAAAUUGUUUUAGAGUCCCUAAAGGUGUAAAAGGUCGAGUUAUCGAUGUGAGAUGCUUUCAGGAGUUCGAGGAAGACGAUUAUCUCGGCGAUAUUGUAGAAAAAGUUCAUGUAUAUAUUUUACAAAAACGUAAAAUACAAGUAGGCGAUAAAGUAGCUGGAAGGCAUGGUAAUAAAGGUAUUAUUUCAAAAAUUUUGCCCAGGCAAGAUAUGCCUUAUUUACAGAAUGGAACACCAGUGGACAUGGUAUUAAAUCCAUUAGGGGUACCUUCACGAAUGAAUGUAGGACAGAUCUUUGAAUGUUUGCUUGGUUUAGCAGGAAAACUAAUGAACAAACAUUACAGACUAGCACCUUUUGACGAAAGGUACGAGCGAGAAGCUUCUAGAAAACUAGUCUUCUCUGAGCUUUAUAAAGCUAGCGAGCAAACAGCUAAUCCAUGGGUAUUUGAACCUGAUCAUCCUGGAAAACAUAGAUUAAUUGAUGGAAGAACAGGAAAGGUAUUUGAACAACCUGUUACAAUAGGAAUAGCUUAUAUAUCGAAAUUGUGCCAUCAAGUUGAUGACAAAAUUCAUGCACGUUCCAGUGGACCUUAUACACUGGUUACACAACAACCUCUCAAAGGAAAAUCCCACCGAGGAGGGCAACGAGUAGGAGAAAUGGAAGUUUGGGCUUUACAAGGUUUUGGUGUUGCUUAUAUCUUACACGAGAUGCUUACUUUAAAAUCUGACCAUAUGGAUACUCGUGAAAAAAUAUUUGGUGCCAUUUUCAACGGAGAACCAAUGCCUAAACCUAGCACUCCUACAGAAUCUUUCCGAUUGCUCAGUAGAGAACUACGAUCUUUAGCUCUAGAAUUGAAUCAUACUAUUCUAUCUGAGAUAGACUUUCAGAUAGAUAAGAAGGAAGUUUGAUCAAAAUGAAUCAAAAUUUAUUUUUUAUGAGUGACCAGGAUAAACACGAACAACUUCGAAUUGGAUUAGUUUCCCCCGAGCAGAUUCUCGCUUGGUCUGAAAGAAUAUUACCUAAUGGAGAAAGAGUCGGACAAGUUACUACAGAA